AUGUGCCGAACUGGCACCAGAGGAGGAGGCAGCGGUGGGCACUGUGCAGCACAAUUUGAUCUUGAAGCAAAGCGCAGGGAAUACAUCCUGCCAGCACCAGCCUGGGCACAAAGCAUCAUACGAAGCUUGCUCAAUGACCCCCGAGAUGAGCCUGUCGCCUUUUUGUUCCUCAACGUACUGACACUGGCUGUUCCAGCUGCUGCUGCGCUGUUUUUCCUGCCCCCAUCCCACAGCCUGGGAGCCGCGUACCUCGCAAUCAAUUACGGUGUAUUUAUCACCAGAUUUCUGGUGGCCCUUCUCCAUGUCACAGAUCAUCGGCGCCUAUUCAAAGCAGAAUACAACUACUUGAAUAAAAUUGCGGUGCAUUUCUUGGCUCCAUUCUAUGGUGUGCCGAGUGGACUGUACAGUCUCCACCAUACGAAAAUGCAUCAUUCGGAGAGCAACGGUGCGCAUUCUGAUUUGUCAUCCACUGAGCCGUACCAGAGAGACAAUGUGCUCCAUUUUUUAGUGUACUGGAUCAGGCAUACUGUUGGAGCCUGGGUGGAACUCCUGGUGUACGCGCUGUACCGGCGACGCUUCCGGCUGUUUGGGAUGUGCUUUCUGACGGAGACGGCCUACUUUGCGGGUGUCUACCUGCUGUGGCAAUGGAGGCCUGUGGCCACCCUGUGGACACUGGUCAUCCCAUACUUGCUGAGCUCCCUGGCGCUGAUGUUUGGAAACUGGAGCCAACACAUCUUCAUAAACCCAGAGCAUCCCAGCAGCGCCUAUGGCAUGGCCUACAACUGCGUGGCCUGUCCUGACAAUGCCAUCACCUUCAAUGAUGGCUACCACAUCCAGCACCACCUGAACUCAAAAACCCAUUGGUCUGAGCUUCCGAAGCGCUUUCAGGAGACAAUCCAUGAGCAUGCUCAGCAGCAAGCGCUGGUCUUUGAGGGCAUUGGAGUGUUCGAGGUGGGUCUGGGAGUGUUCCUGGGCCGAUUAGACUCCCUUGUGAAGCACAUUGUGAUCUGUGGGCAGCCCUUUGCCUCAAUGGAUAGUGGAGCGCUGGUGGAGCUUUUGAGGAGCAGGCUCAAACCUGUCAGAAAGGGACAUGAUAGAAAUAAGAUGUCCUAA